AUGUCUGGAUACGACCGAGCUCUUUCAGUAUUCAGCCCCGAUGGGCACGUCUUCCAGGUGGAAUACGCCAUGGAGGCCGUGAAGCGAGGAACGUGCGCUGUCGGUGUCAAAGGCAAGGACAUCGUCGUGCUUGGCUGCGAGAAGCGCUCGGCCCUCAAGCUCCAGGAUACCCGGAUUACCCCCUCCAAGAUUGCCAUGGUGGACGAGCAUGUGUGCCUCGCCUUCGCCGGACUGAACGCCGAUGCUCGCAUCCUGAUCGAUAAGGCCCGGUUAGAGGCCCAGUCGCACCGCCUGACGGUCGAGGACCCCGUCAGCAUCGAGUACAUUACGAAAUACGUCGCCGGCGUGCAGCAGAGAUAUACCCAGAGUGGUGGUGUCCGGCCCUUCGGCAUUAGUACUCUGAUGAUUGGAUUCGACAAGAAUGACGAGACGCCGCGGCUGUAUCAGACGGAGCCGUCGGGGAUCUACUCUGCGUGGUGGGUGCUGAGCACUACCGGGUUUAUGACACUACUAAACUUUUUUUUCUCCGCGUAUAGGAAAGCGAACGCCAUCGGUCGUUCUAGCAAGACGGUCCGCGAGUUUCUCGAGCGGAAUCACCAGGAAGACAUGGACCGCGAACAGACCAUCGCGCUAACCAUCAAGUCGCUGCUGGAGGUUGUGCAGACGGGUGCCAAGAACAUCGAGGUCGCCAUCAUGUCGCCGGGCAAGCGCAUCGAGAUGCUGCCGGACGACCAGAUCGAGUCGUACGUCAAGAACAUCGAGACCGAGAAGCAGGAGGAGGCGGCCAAGAAGAAGACCGGCCGCACGGGGACCACGACUGCGGCCAUCCUGACCCGGCCCGGCGGCGGCGAGACGGCCGAGUCGACGCGGGAAUCGGCGGACUGA